UUAUACAAAGGAGGUACAUUAAUGAUGUCAAGUAAAAAAUAACGUAAGGAGGCAUGUAUGAAGAAGAAACUUUCGAAAGGCGCGUACCACGAUGCCUUGCAUGUUGUCUAACUUGUUUACAGAUGUGUACAGACUUAAAGACAAUUAUUACGAACAACAGAUGUGAUUACUUAAAUGGCAAACGCUGUCGGCAUUGAUUUGGGCACGACAUAUUCCUGUGUAGCCGUUUUUGAACACGGGAAAGUAGAAAUCAUAGCCAAUGAUCAAGGUAACCGCACGACACCAAGUUGCGUUGCCUUUACUGGCACUGAACGAUUGUUGGGGGAAGCUGCCAUAAACCAAAUAGCAUUCAACCCAUCAAACACUGUCUUCGACUGCAAACGAUUGCUAGGCAGAAAGUAUCACGACUUGCAUGUUCAAAACGAUAUGAAGCACUGGCCGUUCAAAGUUAUCAAAGAAGACGACAAACCGAAGAUUCUAGUAGAAUAUAAAGGAAACACAAAAAUGUUUUGGCCGGAAGAAAUCAGUGGCAUGGUUCUGACCAAAAUGAAAGAGACGGCAGAAGCUUAUCUUGGACAAAUUGUGAACGAUGUCGUUGUUACGGUACCUGCGUAUUUUAAUGACGCUCAGAGACAAGCGACAAAAGAUGCUGGAUCAAUUGCUAGUUUGAACGUUCUAAGAAUAAUUAACGAGCCAACGGCCGCGGCGCUUGCAUAUGGUCUUGACAAGAAUCUAACAGGUGAAAAAAAUAUCCUUGUAUACGACGUUGGUGGUGGAACAUUUGAUGUUUCUAUCCUGACUAUAAACGAAGGAUCAAUGUUUGAGGUGAGGGCAACUGCCGGUGACACGCAUUUGGGAGGUGAAGAUUUUGAUAACCGAAUAGUGACGCAUAUUGUCAAGGAAUUUAAACGUAAAUACCACAAAGAUAUGUCUGUUAGUCAAAAGGCGAUCCGUCGCCUAAAAGCUGCGUGUGAACGUGCCAAAAGGGUUCUGUCGGUGAACACUGAAGCGAGUAUUGAAAUUGAUUCUCUGUUUGAAGGGAUUGACUACUAUACUAAGCUAACGAGAGCACGAUUUGAAGACUUGUGUAUGGACUUGUUUGUCAGUACUAUGGGUCCAGUAGAACACGCCAUUAGCGAUGCUAGACUGAAAAAGUCACAAAUCGAUGAAGUGGUUUUGGUCGGUGGUUCUUCGAGAAUUCCUAAAAUACAGAAGCUUCUCCAAGAAUUGAUGGAUGGCAAGGAGUUGAACAAGUCUAUUCACCCAGACGAGGCAGUGGCUUACGGAGCCGCUGUUCAAGCAGCUAUCUUGAUUGGUGAUACUAGCGAAGUCAUCAGAGAUGUUCUUUUGGUGGACAUCACUCCAUUAUCACUUGGUGUUGAAACAUCAGGUGGGAUGAUGAGUGUGCUCAUAAACAGAAACGCACGUAUACCAUGCAAGACAUCAAGACCGUAUACAACAAAUCAUGAUAAUCAGGAAAAAGUCACGAUACACGUGUAUGAAGGGGAGCGAGCUACAACUCAGCAUAACAACAGUCUUGGCAGGUUUCAUCUAGAACGCAUCCCACCAGCUCCGCGUGCCACUCCUCACAUAAAUGUCACUUUUGACAUUGAUGCCAACGGAAUUCUGAAUGUGUUGGCCCAAGAAAGAUCUUCAGGCGUUUGGAAUGAGAUCACCAUCAGACACGAAAAGGGUCGAUUGAGUGCGGCAGAAAUACAAAAAAUGAUUCACGAUGCAGAAAAAUACAGACACGAAGACGAUCGAAUAAAAGCAACAAUAAAAGCCAAGCAUCGCCUGGAGAAUUUCAUUUUCGGUGCACGCCAGGCUGUAAACGAGGACAGAGGCACCCUCAGCGAACUUGAAAAAACUACUAUGCUUGGGAUCUGUGAAGAAACUCUGUUGUGGAUGGACCUCAACGCGCAGGCCGAUAAAAAAGAGUAUGAAUUUCAGUUGCAAGAAAUGGAGAGAGAGUGUAGACCAAUCCUGGGGAAGAUUCGUGGUUCUGGUCAUCUUGGACGUCCGAGUAUUGGCGGACAAAGUUAUAGGACUGUGCAGACUGGACGUCCGAGUGUUGGAGGUCAAAGUUAUAGGACUGUGCAGAGUGGACGUCAGAGUGUUGGAGGUCAAAGUUAUAGGACUGUGCAGAGUGGACGUCCGAGUGUUGGAGGUCAAAGUUAUGCGACUGUGCAGGCUGGACAUCCUAGUAUUGGAGGUCAGACUGGGCGUUCUAGUAUUGGAGGUUUGACUUCUGUAAGUCAACAGCUUGGACGUCCUAGUAUUGGAGGUCAGACUCUUGUAGGUUUUGAAUCUGGACGUCCUAGUAUUGGAGGUCAGACUGGACGUCCUAGUAUUGGAGGUCAGACUGGACGUCCUAGUAUUGGAGGUCAGACUGGACGUCCUAGUAUUGGAGGUCAGACUGGACGUCCUAGUAUUGGAGGUCAGUCUGGACGUCCUAGUAUUGGAGGUAUGACUUCUGUAAGUCGACAGGCUGGACGGUCGAGCAUUGGUGGACGAUCAUCGAAAAGUUAUCAUGGGCCGCUGGUUGAAGAAAUGGAUUAAAGAUAGUAACGAGGAGUUAAAAUGUGUAUACAAGUUUAACACGUGUCUUUGUUGUUUGUGUCUGGAGAGGCGGCCCCAACACAAGUCGUUCCAUUGACUCUUUCACUGGUAAAACAACACUACCUUUCCUGCAAGAUGUAUAGGAUUUCUAGAUCUGAAACCAACUAAUAGGAAGGCUUUUGUUUAGUCUUUUAACUAAAAUAUUUCGUAUUCCGGACAUGUUUUCUGGUCUGUAGUUUUUCUUUACUUUUUGUUUCAUAUGAUCAUUCAACUUUUUUACUUUUUAUACUUUUUUUUAUUUUAUUUUAUAUUAUUAUUAUUAUUAUUAUUAUUAUUAUUAUUAUUAAACCGUAAUUAAAGUCCAAGCAAAUCAGCUAUAUGAGGA